GUGCUAAUAAGAGAGGCUAGUCUGCGUGUUUGUUUGUUGGUAAAGUGUGGUAGACCAGAGGGGAGGCAUCUUUAGGGGGGAGGUCAGCACAGCACGCUUGGUUGCUUCCUGUACUGAACAACCUAACGUUUUUUAGGGGGUCCUGGUUGCGUGCGUUGUGAUCUAAUUCCGUUCCUGUUUUGGGCUCUGAGUAAGGGGAAUCUCUCUGGGUUUAUCAUCGUCUUUCUCUAUUUUUCCUCUGUUCGAAAUCUCCAUCUGCAACAUCUAUAUACCAAGUUUGAGUGAGAGAGAGGAACCCACUAAGCGUGCAAAUAAAAGUUUUUAAAAGCGAAAAGCUAGAUAUCAAUCCCGUGCUAUAAUAGCUCCCUCUGCUCUCUAUCUUUGCUUUUGGGUUGUUUAUCUCAUUGGGUUUUCUUUCUCUUUGGUGGGGUUUCUCUCGGGCUUUAUAAUAUCGUGCUCUAGGCUUAACUCUCAGGGGCGGGGCGUUUGUUUUGAAGAUUUUCAUGGGUUGAAGCUCCUAAAGUUUGUGGGUUUUGUUCGUGUUCCCUUAUCUUCUUACUUGGUCGCUGAGAUAUCAGCGUGUUUCUUCCACUUUAUUCACCUGGGCUUGGAUUCGGAUGUCUGUUUUUGUGUGAGGUGCUCGAAGCCUCUUGGUGCCGAUUAACAGUUGUAGAGACAAGGAGAUUUUUCAUCUGACUAUUUCCAGGACAGUCUUUCCUGGUUUAGAGAUGGAUGGAUCAUCCAGAAAUGAUGUCUGCCCUCAGUUCUUAGAUUUGGUUCCCAAAGAGAGAGCGUGGCUGGUCAACAGAGAUGAACAAAGAAGGCGUGGCCUUUCAGAGGAGAACAAGUUGGAGCUUAGGCUUGGUCCUCCUGGCGAGGACUGGUCUAUGACAGAUAACACAAUGAAAAACCAAAGAGAGAGAAGCGAGUCUCUACUCUCUCUUGGGUACUACUCUACCACUACUCCCAUGACCCAAAACACUAGCAUUAAUAACAACGGCAAUGGAAGCCAAACACAGAUGUUCUCUUCCCCUGAAAACACAGGAGGGGCUGUUUUGUCAUCUCCGUGGCCUUCUUCAGCAUUCCAGGGAAAGACCCAGCACAAUCAAAAGCAGACAAAAACUCCAUCUUUUCUUCAGGUACCGUCAACACAUCAAAGCUCGCCGGUUUUGGCUCAGGAAGCGUCGCAGCCCCGUUGCAGUAACGUGGUAGAGUUGCAGACUGCAGAGAAGAAAGCAUUUUCCCAAUCUUCUGCAAUGACUGCUGUGCCCAACAGCUCUCAGAAAAGGACUGCUCCUUCUCCAGUCGUGGGUUGGCCUCCAAUUCGAUCAUUCAGGAAGAACCUAGCAAGCAGUAGCUCUUCAAAACCAGCUUCUGAGUCGCAAAAUGGGGUCCCAGACAAGGUUCCCUGUAAAAAACCGGUCGAGUCUUGCACCAAAGGCCUAUUCGUGAAGAUCAAUAUGGAUGGAGUCCCAAUUGGGAGAAAAGUGGAUCUCAAAGCCUAUGACAGUUAUGAGAAUCUCUCUUCUGCUGUUGAUGAACUCUUUAGAGGCCUACUUGCAGCUCAAAGAGAUUCCCGCCAGGAUGGAAUCCUGAAGAAGCAAGAGGAAGACAAAGCAAUUACCGGUUUAUUGGACGGAAGUGGUGAAUAUACACUUGUUUAUGAGGAUAAUGAAGGAGACAGGAUGCUUGUUGGGGAUGUCCCAUGGCACAUGUUUGUAUCUACCGUGAAGAGGCUUCGCGUGCUGAAGAGCUCUGAACUUUCAGCGCUUAGCCUUGGCAGCAGCAAGCAAGACAAGGUAUCAUCUCUUGAAUCUUCAAGGAGGUGAAAAAAGAAAAAUGCGCUGAUGUUUGAAGUGUUUCAAUUCCACAUUUUGACGCAUAUUUUCGUGGUUAAGAAGAGAAAAUUAUCAGCUUACGUGUCCAAGUUAUAUUUCUAGUUUACAAGUCCCAAGUAAUGUUUCAUGAAUGUUUUUAUUUUUAUUGAGAAUUCCUAAUGUAUUCGUCUUGGCUCAUGUAGAAAGUUAAUUAGCCAGACAAAUGUUUGUUCAGACGAUGCGCAAUUUCGUAACAAGUAACUUGUUAUGUA